AUGGGGGAGGAAAUGGAGGGGGACCGCGUCGUCGGUCAGGAGACGGAGGCGGAUGAGACAGCACCCUCAACUGUUACUAGUGACGCAUUGUCGUCAACCCCUGCAUCAUCCGCUUCCGAUACGACAACAGACGACCGAGGCCCCGAGUUCGUCGUCCCAUCGAACUCCUUACGACCCACCGCAACAACCAGUGCGAGGACUCAUAACCCCCGCAUGAUAGUGCCCGUUCGACCUCCUCAAAGGGCUGGCUCGGCCUGCGCACCGCCCAGGGAAGAUCCCAACGCUGUCCUCGCCAUCCGACUCGAGUCCAUAAUGGCCUCCGCUGAAAAGGUGGCCGAGCUACAGGCCAAAGCCUGGCCUCAAAUCAACGAGGCCAUCAAAGAAGCCAGACUUAUAAUGGACGCCUCACUCGAGUCAAAGCGACUCGAGAUCCAAAAACUUACGGUAGGAUCAAAACAUAAAGACGCCCGUACUAAUACCAGCGUGAUAACCUCCUCGCCCUUAUCAAGUGGUGGAAACCAUCCGUUUUCCAUCGAAAGAAUUUUAGACCCUGAUAUCGAUGCAACAUCUAAUAAUAAUAACACUAGAGCUCCUGAAUUAACUGAUCGAGACAUUGUAACUAACCCUGAUGCAACGUAUCCAGAGAUCAACCGAAACAACCUUACUACCGAUAUUAGUAACCAAAUAAACCAGACCUUUGGUGCAUUAGCCAAAACAAUAGAGAGUACUAACUCCACAUCCAAAGCAUCUUUUAAAAGGGAUUAUACCCUUACGUCCAAGGCUAAUAUAAAUGUAUGGUUGGAUCGAUUGAACUCUGAACUAUCGGCAAAAGAAUUAUUAGAUGUCAUAGAUUCAAACACUAGACCCAAAAGAAUCUUCGAUGUUGACGAAGUUGAUAAAAGAAAUAGAUUAGUUAGAGACAUUAUAAUAAAUCAUCUAGAUGAAAACUAUCACAAAAUAAUUCUUAACAUAAAUGACCCUAAAGAAAUAUUAACGAAAAUCAGAGAACACAGAAGAAUAGAGGCAAACACAGACGAUGCUAAAGUGAGAGAGGAGCUGUACAGUAUUAAAAUAAAUAAACAGGAUAAAGUUUCAGUAUUCAUAGAUAAAUUUGAUUCAAUUAUUAGAGAAUAUGAACUAUGCGAUAUAGCCAUUCCUCUCACUGACGCAGAGAAAACGUCUGCCUUUAUGAAAGCUGUGAAAGAUACAUAUCCACGGAUCAGAGAAAUGGAUAUAAUUACGAAACAGACCAAAGGUAGAGGAAUGAACUUUGAAGAAAUGAAAAAUUUCAUCCGACAGCUCGAAGCCGAUCUGCGAAGUUCCGGCGUUGCGAAGGGAGCCUCCGCUAACGUGGCUAGACCGGGUGCUGCAGCCACGGCCGGUGCUGGUCCCAGCGGUGGGGGCAAGUGUUUUAGAUGUGAUCGAUUCAAUGUCGAUCACGUCUCUGACUCUUGCCCGCUGAUCCAGUACGGGCUGUGGUUCUGCUAUAUAUGCAGAGACUUUGCCCAUCACACGGGCAGAACCUGUCCACGUGGAGACGGGUCGCACCGUGGUGGAGAGUAUGUUGCAAAUAAUAAUAAUAACAAUAGAGAGUCAAAAGAAUCAAAAGGAAGAGUUAAUUACAGAGGUAACAGGGGAAAAUAUAAUAAUAACAAUAGAGAGUCAAAAGAAUCAAAAGGAAGAGUUAAUUACAGAGGUAACAGGGGAAAAUAUAAUAGAGGUAACGGCAAUAGUAAAAGAGGCAAAGGUUAUUACGAUAAUAAUAGAGAUAACAAAAAUCGUAACCCUAGAGGUCGCAAUAACGGUAGAGUAGGCAAACGUGGCGCAAGCAGAACCUACUACCCAUGUGGAGACAAAAAUAAACAGAAACUGGCGAACGCUGUAGUAGCACUUACUGAAGGUAAGAAUAACAUUGAUACAAUAAACAAUAAAAUAACCUUCCUAUUAGAUUCCGGAGCCACAGAACAUAUUAAAAAUAAAGCUUUCAUCUUGCGAAACUUUAAGAAAAGUUCAGGAACUUAUAUUAAAAGUGCGAACAAAAACAAAUCGGCUGAUAUCGAGAUAGACGGAAAAGGAGAUUUAUAUCUAAAGAGUUUAAAUAAUGAAGGUCAUACCAUUAGACUAUCCAAUGUUAUAGCAGCCCCUGAUAUAUCCGAAAAUCUAAUAUCCCUUAGGAAAUUUGUCGAUGCUGGAUUUAGUAUAUAUCUAGAUGACAAAAAUUUAAAAAUAUUCGAUAAAAAUGACGGAUCUACUUUUCUAACCGGGUACUAUAAGAAACCAAACUGGCUUAUACAAUUAGAAGUAAAGAAUAAAAUAGAGAACUCGGAUAGACAAACAUACAAUAAAUAUUAUUGUAGAGCACGAUUAAUAACGCUAGAAAAUAUUUCAAAAGAUCCACAAAAUGUAGAAACAGAAAACAAUAAAGACAUAGAUUCAGAAGUUGGGAGGGAGUUAGUUACAAAUGAAUCUAUACCUAAACUUAGCCAAUACAGAGACUUCGAAAAUUAUUCACUAGAUGACCUUAAAAACGAAAAACCAAUGGAUGAUCUAUUCACUUCUUUCGAACUCGAGAAAAGAUAUUCAGAGGAGUUAGAUGAAGGGAUGUUGUGGCAUAACUGUGAAGUUUGCACAAUGUCCAAAAUGAGUAAACAACCUUUUAAAGAAAUAAGAACUAGAGCCGAUCAUCCACUUCAACUAACUCACACCGAUAUAAUAGGUCCAUUUAAAACAAUUACUUAUCCUGGUCGAAAGAAAUAUAUAAUAGCUUUCAUAGACGACUUUUCGAAAUUUGCCAAAACGUAUGCAAUAUCAAACAAAUCUGAAGCAGGAGAAUGCUUAGAAAACUAUUUAAAUUCCAUGAGGAAUCUGACAGAAUUCAAAACUCCUUUGAAUACGAUAUCCCCUAAUAAGAAAAAUCAUUUAGAAAAGAUCAGGCGUUUUGGAUGUAUAGCUUAUGCAAAGAAACCAUUAUCUGAAAACAAAUUAUCCGAAAAUGCUAUAAAAGGAAUUUUAGUAGGACAAACCAAAAUUACUAGAGAAUGUAAUAAGGAUUCAAACUCUAUUCCAAAUGACAAUGAUAAAGAAACACCAGAGGAGACCAUGGAUAUAUUCAAUACCGGUAACUCGGAAAGCAUAGAACAAUUAAACGACACAGAAUCCAUAGGAAAACAAUUAGAGACAAAUAAAACCAACAAGAGAAAAAGAAUAAUUGAUCACAUAUCAGAAAAACAUAAUAGAGUGCAGCCUAAACGAAGCAGCAAGAUAAAACGAGACUACAAAGCCAUGUCAGAAGGAAAGGCUAAUUUAGUAGAUAACAGUUUUGCCUUUAUAACUCAAUAUAAUGAAACCGAAGUAUUGGGAGAAGAUGAAAAAUGUUAUUGUUUGAUGGCUACGCUAAACUCUGACCCAACCAAUUAUAAAGAAGCUAUGGAGACUAAAGAUAAAAUGAACUGGUCUAAAGCAAUAAACGAUGAAUUAGAGUCCAUGCGUGAAAAUAAUGUAUGGAAUAUAGUAGAGAGAUCUUCGAUGAAUCAGAAAGGCAAUAAAGCCAACAUAAUAGGCAGUAGAUGGGUACUUAAAAGAAAAAUUGAUUCAGAAGGAAAAACAACAUUUAAAGCUAGGCUAGUAGUUAGAGGAUUUAAAGAUACCAAUGAAUACGAACUAAGAGAAACGUAUGCACCUGUAUCUAGGCUGUCUAUAAUCAGAGCUGCAUUCGCUAUAAUCAUUAAAUUAGAUCUUGAAGUAUGUCAACUGGAUGUGAAAACUGCAUUCUUAAACGGCGAACUAGAGGAAGAAAUAUACAUGGAAAUACCAGAUGGAUUAAUGUUAGAUAAACACACGAAAGAAAAUAGAGUUUGUAAAUUACAUAAAGCUAUAUACAGUUUGAAAAUAAGUCCUAAGAAAUGGAAUCAAAGGUUUUCAACUGAGGUAGAAAAAUUAGGUUUACAGAGAGAUAUAAAUGAACCCUGUUUAUUUACAUACAGAAAGAAUGGCGUAAUGAUAUUGCUUAUUUUAUAUGUAGAUGAUAUACUUUUAGCAGGGAAUAAUUCUAAUAAGAUUAAUGAAGUUAAGAGACACUUAAGCUCUGUAUUUAAAAUGAAAGAAUUAGGAGAACCCAAAGAAUACUUAAGUAUUCAAAUCACUAGAGACAGAGAAGCUAAACAAAUAAUGUUAAGUCAAAGCAAAUAUACGAAAAAGGUAUUAGAGAGAUUCAAUAUGAAUGAAAGCAAACCACAAAACACGCCGAUGAUAACUAGACAAGUCAAAGCUAGAAACAAUAAAAAUAUGGAGAAAGCGAAACAACCGGGAAAACCAGAAUUUCCUUAUAGGGAAGCAAUAGGUAGCUUAAUGUAUCUUGCGAAUGUCAUAAGACCUGACAUUGCACUUGCUGUAAAUUUACUAGCUAGAAAACAAUCAAAUCCCACCAUAGAGGAUUGGAUUGAUGUAAAGAGGAUCAUGCGAUAUCUUAGAGGAAGUUCUGAUCUAGGACUAAUAUAUAGAGGAGUCACUGAAAACUUAGAAGUAUUUACAGAUACAAGUUUUAGAGACAAUGCUGAUUCAUCUUCAACAAGUGGAAUGGUUGCACGACUAUUCGGAGACUCCGUUAUGUGGAGAAGCCACAAACAAAGUGUAAUCAAUCUCUCGACCUGUCAUGCUGAAUAUUACGCAAUGAGCGAAGCAUGUCAAGAAAUGAUCUCAUUAGAUAAAGCUCUUAGAGACAUUUAA